ACUGGAAGGAACAGGUAAGCUAGCUCCGAACCACUCAUUUUACAGUGAAAACGAUUAAAUGUGAUACCAGGCUAGAGUUUUAGCAGUCUAAUGUCUCUUUGCUCGUAGUAUAAUUUGUAUUUUUUUAUAUUUAUUCCGGGAUUUUUACGAGAUAGCCACGUUUACAGGAAAUGACAGCUCUGAAUCAACGCAGUUAACUAUGGCUGUUUGGAGAAAGAUGUGGUGCAGAAACCUACUGUCCGUGGCCCUGCUCCUUUUUGUUGUCCUUCACUCUAUGGAUGUGAAUGCUCGACCAGCCAAUAUGUCUGCUGCCAAAGAGAAGACCCAGGACAACAAGGAUGAGAACGAGAUCCUGCCCCCCGACCAUCUGAAUGGGGUCAAGAUGGAGAUGGACGGGCACCUGAACAAAGACUUCCAUCAGGAGGUGUUUCUGGGUAAAGAGAUGGAAGAGUUUGAGGAGGAUUCAGAGCCACGGCGGAACAGGAAGAAGCUGAUAGAAAUCUUCACAAAAGUUGACUUCGACAAAGACAGGAGCAUCAGCGCUAAGGAAAUGCAGCGUUGGAUUAUGGAGAAGACGGAGGAGCACUUCCAGGAGGCCACGAUGGAAAACAAGAACAGCUUCAGAGCGGUUGACCCGGAUGGAGAUGGUCAUGUGACUUGGGAUGAAUACAGAAUAAAGUUCCUGGCGAGCAAAGGCUUCAACGAGAAAGAGGUUGCAGAGAAAAUAAAGAACGGUGAAGACCUCAAACUGGAUGAAGACACUCAGGAGGUGCUGGAGAGUUUGAAGGAUCGCUGGUAUCAGGCUGAUAACCCUCCGGCUGAUCAGCUCCUGAACGAGGAGGAGUUUCUGUCCUUUCUGCACCCGGAACACAGCCGCGGCAUGCUCAAGUACAUGGUCAAAGAGAUCGUACGAGACCUGGACCAGGACGGUGAUAAGAAGCUGACUCUGUCUGAGUUCAUCUCUCUGCCUAUGGGGACUGUGGAGAACCAGCAGGCCCAGGACAUCGACGACGACUGGGUCCGAGAGAGAAAGAAGGAGUUUGAGGAUGUCAUCGAUGGUAACCACGAUGGCAUCGUUACUAUGGAGGAACUGGAGGAGUAUAUGGACCCCAUGAACGAACACAACGCCCUGAACGAAGCCAAGCAGAUGAUCGCCGUGGCAGACGAGAAUCAGAACCACAAUCUGGAGCUGGAUGAGAUCCUUAAAUACAGCGAGUACUUCACCGGCAGCAAACUCAUGGACUACGCUCGGAAUGUCCACGAGGAAUUCUGACUUCUGGGAAUGGGAAACGCUCACAAUCUCAUGGUAUUGCUGUGUGCAGUGACUAUUCUGGCUUUUAGUUCUCUUAUCAAUACUUUUAAGAAGAGAUUCCCUUGUGGAUUAAGAAAAGUCUAAAUAUGGAACAUAAAUUGGUCGACUUAAGUUGUGGCCAUUGGUUAUGACAGAAUAGACACAUCCAGAAAUUGGAGUGACUAGACGCAAUUUAAAGUGCACUAUGUAACUUUUCUGGUGGAGGAUCCGUCACCUUCAUUUUUCCAUGGAGACGUUAUUGCUGUGCCUGGAAUGUUCCACAGUAUGGCAUAAAACACGUCUAUCUCCACCGAUAAUGUUCUAUAGUAUUGCUUUUACCUUCUAUCUCCAUGGAGACGAGCAAUGAUGCCACCAGGUCAACAAGUAGAUUUGACUGCAACAGAUAUGUUUAACACCAGACUGUGGAACAUUUACAGCAAAGAAAUAACAUCUCUAUGGAGACCAGUAGGUGGCCAUUCUCCGCCAGUAAAGUUACAAGGUGCAGCUUUAAUUAAGAGAGUAGCUCAUUCUGUGUCUUUGUUCUCACAGCAAAAAAUAUACACACUUGAGUAUAUAAUUUAGAUUUAUUUAGCUACU